AUGGUUGUGGUCGACUUCGAAGCAUCCGACGCAGAGCGUGGUGCGGAUGGCAACGGUGGCUAUAAACUCCAUCCCGAAGUACAAGCCAUCCUUGACCGGACGACUGGAUAUAUCAAAGACGAUCAGGUUGGGAAGAGGUUUCGACACCUCUACAGGGCAGGUACUCUCGAGCAGGACGCUAGCAAGUUCAGGCAGUUCGCUUACGACUGUUUCUUCGGCCAAAUCGCCAAGGUGAAACGGGCCGUUGAGAGCAGGCAGGUACCCGACCUGGCAGGGACCGAAACGCCUUACAAGUUUGGCUACUGCACCCUCGUCCUUGCAGGGGGGCAGCGAGGCGCGGAAGCCUUCCCAGGAGCGGAUCACGUCGCCACUAUGAAGUUCCUCAUCUCCAAAGGGGCAUCCAUGGACUCCUGCGACAUCGCCGGCCUCACCGCGCUACACCAUGCGACGCAAGGCACGGCCGGUCCCACGCUUGCACUGGUGCGCGUACUUCUCGAGUCUGGCGCAAAUGUCAACGUCCAGAACCGCUAUGGUGAAAUCCCCCUCCUAUGUUGCUUCCAUGAGUGCGACGUGGACUUGGUGGAGCUGUUCAUGGAGUUUGGUGCCGACUUGGACAUACCCGAUGCGAACGGCACGACUGGGCGUAGUAUAUUUGUCAACAUGGGCCCGACGAUUACGGCGGUGGUCACGAAAUGGAUUAGGAAGAGGAGCGGAGAGCAGAAGCCCCUUGACGGGAAGACAUGUGCGAAGUGUGGGGAGACCGCCGGCCCGCUCAAGAUAUGCAGCAAGUGUCAUGCAGCAAAAUAUUGCUCGCCCGAGUGCCAGAAUACUCACCAGCUUCCCAGGAGCGGAUUGGCCAGCACACAAAAGACGUGCACGCCAUUCGACGCUGCGACGUCAGUGACCGUCCGUCCGACAUACCGCGACCUUGGCACGCUUAUGACUCCCGCUGACCUCGCACGACAAGCUAUGGGCAUUCCAACGAAGGCACGCCCUGAUGCGCAUUACCGCGGCGUGCACGCGCCACACGUGAAGCCCGGUCAACCAAAAGCGAUGGUCGUCAAGGUGCAGGUGCCGUACUUGGGCUCGCAGCCGAUCAUGCGGGGUGGGCCGAUGCUCGUAUACGACAAGAAGCGCGAGCUCGUGUGUACACUGGAGGCGACCGGGAAUGAGGAGGCGUACAUGCGCAUCGCGCAGACCGUCUGGACGAAGGGCGUCGGCGGCGCGAAGGCUUACUUCCCUGCGGAGCUGAGGAGUCGGGACGAACUGGUGAUCAAAGUUGGAGAGGUCCUGGCCGAGCAACCUUUUUGA